AAUGGUCUCGCCUUUCAAUCAGCCUGCCGUGCGUUACCGGAGCGUUACUUGCGUUGCUGUGUCCAGGCGCGAUCAAUUGUACAGCAGACAACAUGCAGCCACGGGGACUCAGUGACCAUAACACUGUUGUCACAUAAACAGGUUCAAGUCUGCAAUGUGACGGACGCAGACGACUCGGACAAGAUGAGCUCCACCGCGGGGGUGAAACAGACAAGAGUUCGGGAGAGGCAGCCGUUAAAGGGCAGCUCUUGACGGCAACUCCCGCUGAACUGAGACGCCGAGAGCCGCCGCCGCCUCGCCGCUCCUUCAUGCCGCUGCAGAACACCGCGGCCAACCACUGAAUCCAAACAGAGCUGUUAUCCUCCACGACCCGCGUGGGACCUGGGACGAGACAAUGGCGAGCCAGGGUGACUGCUGCGUGAAGGUUGCAUUGAGGAUACGUCCUCAGAUGGCCAAAGAGAAGAUUGAAGGUUGCCACGUGUGCACAUUGGUCACACCCGGAGAGCCGCAGGUCCUCCUGGGCAAAGACAAGGCCUUCACCUAUGACUUUGUUUUCGACAUCAACUCAGAACAGCAGAGCAUCUACCAAGCAUGCGUGCACAAGCUCAUCGAGGGCUGCUUUGAGGGCUAUAAUGCCACCGUGUUUGCUUACGGCCAGACUGGCUCCGGGAAGACGUACACUAUGGGGACCGGUUUCGAUGUGAGUUUGGCCCUGCUGGAGCAGGGCAUUAUCCCACGAGCUGUUCACCAGCUCUUUGAAGGGAUCCAGAGCAGGAAGGAGCAAGCGAAAGAAGCCGGCACCCAACCCCCCGAAUUUAAAGUCAGCGCGCAAUUUCUUGAGCUUUACAACGAAGAGAUCCUGGACUUGUUUGACGGCGCGAGAGAUCCAGAGUGUCGGAGCCGGAAGUCCAACAUCAAAAUCCACGAGGAUGCGAGUGGCAGUAUCUACACCACCGGUGUCACUUCCAGACUUGUCCAGUCAGAGGAGGAGCUGCUGCAGUGUCUGAAACUGGGCGCGCUGUCCCGCACCACUGCCAGCACGCAGAUGAACGCUCAAAGCUCCCGCUCACACGCCAUCUUCACCAUCCACCUCUGUCAGAUGAGAGUCUGCCAACAACCGUUACAAUUGCCAAACGGAGACGGGGAGACUGAGGAAUUAAAUGGUGUGGAACCCCGUGCCAUUGAGCAGCCAGAGUAUGAAGCACUGAUGGCUAAGUUCCACUUUGUGGACCUGGCCGGUUCUGAGAGGCUCAAACGCACCGGAGCCACUGGAGAGCGAGCCCGUGAGGGAAUCUCCAUUAACUGUGGACUGUUGGCCCUGGGAAAUGUCAUCAGUGCUUUAGGUGACCAGACCAAGAAAGGGGGCCACGUUCCCUACAGAGACUCCAAACUCACUCGCCUGCUACAGGACUCACUCGGAGGCAACAGUCGCACGGUGAUGAUCGCCUGUGUGAGUCCCUCUGACCGUGACUUCAUGGAGACACUGAACACGCUCAAGUAUGCCAACCGAGCCCGCAACAUCAAGAACAAGGUGGUGGUGAACCAAGACAAGACCAGCCAGCAAAUCAGCGCCCUGCGUGCCGAGAUCGCCCGCCUCCAGAUGGAGCUGAUGGAGUACAAGGCGGGGAAGCGCGUGGCAUGUGAGGACGGUUCGGAGGGUUACAGCGACCUGUACCAGGAGAACGCCCUGCUACAAAGAGAGAAUGACACGAUGCGCCUCCGGGUGAAAGCCAUGCAGGAGACCAUUGACCACCUGAACACCCGAGUCACAAACCUGUUGGCCAACGAGGUCAGCGUGCUGCUCUCCAAGUCAAGUGAGGGCAACCAGGAGAUUGGGGCUCUUAUUCAGAACUACAUCAGGGAAGUUGAAGAACUCAGAUCCAAGCUGCUGGAGAGCGAGGCCAUGAACGAAUCAUUGCGACGUCAAGCUGCUCGGCUCCCCUCUCGCGCAGCACCCUUCACUUCUUCCUGCCUGAGCCCCGCCCCCGGACACCCACCCGGCUCCUCCCCGGCGGCCAUGUCCAUGGAGGCCGAGAUGACGGACGUGUUGCGCAGAGCCAAGCUGGACAUCGAGAGGCUGAAGAAGAAGGAGAGAAGGCAGAGGAGGAUGAGCCCAGAGUUGGAGAAAGGUUUGAAAAAACGCGUGAAGUUGCACAACCACGAGAACGGCGACAACGUGCAAAACGGACUGAACGGACUGAACGGGGAGGUUGAUUCGGAUGACAAUCACGCCGAGGACAUCAUGUCUACGUUGCAGGAAGAAAGUGGUUGCGAGGAGGAGGAGGAGGAGGAGGAGGAGGAGGGAAGGGAGGAAGAGUUUGACAGUGAUGAGAGCCUGGUGGACUCAGACUCCGAUUCUGAUGAGAAAGCCAACUUCCAGGCCGACCUUGCCGAUCUGACCUGCGAGAUCGAGAUCAAGCAGAAGUUGAUCGACGAGCUAGAGAACAGCCAGCGAAGGUUGCUGAUGCUGAAGCUCCAGUAUGAGGAGAAGCUCAUUCUGCUGCAGAACAAGAUCCGAGACACGCAGCUGGAAAGGGACCGUGUGCUUCAGAACCUCAUGUCCAUGGAGAACUACACGGAGGAGAAGGCAAACCGCAUCAAGCAGGAUUACGAGAAACGUCUAAAGGAGAUGAACCGGGACCUUUUGAAGCUCCAAGCUGCACAGAAGGAACACGGGCGUCUUCUUAAAAACCAGGGCAAGUACGAACGGGAGCUGAAGAAACUCCAAGCGGAGGUCAAUGAGAUGAAGAAAGCGAAGGUGGCAGUGAUGAAGCAGAUGAAGGAGGAGCAGCAGAGGAGGAGGCUGGUGGAGGCCAAGAGGAACCGUGAGAUUGCCCAGCUCAAGAAGGAGCAGAGAAGACAAGAGUUUCAAAUCCGGGCGUUGGAGUCCCAGAAGCGACAACAGGAGCUGGUCCUGCGCAGGAAAACGCAAGAGGUGACCGCCCUACGCAGGCUGGCCAAGCCCAUGUCAGACCGUGUAGCUGGACGCGUGGCCCGUUGGAACCAGACCGCCCCAAUUAGUGACUCUGGCGUAGAGUUGUCCGCCAGCACAACGGCAAGCAGCUCUGAACCCGAGAGCGGGAAGACUGUGAGUGGAUUAGUACGGCAGUGGAACAACAAAAACAACGGAUUUGGAUACCUGGGAGAGAGUGAGGGGACCAUGGAUGGAACGCGGGUCGUCGGCAACAGGAAGAAGCUGCAGCGUAAGCCGGCCGUCGUCGGCACCACGGCCACAGCGGGCCGAGCCGCAACCUUCUCCAAGUCGGCCCGUCAGAAGUGGCAAACUCUCGAGCGUCGUAUUAUGGACAUCGUCAUGCAGAGAAUGACCAUUGCCAACGUAGAAGCUGACAUGGAUCGACUCAUCAAGAAACGAGAGGAGCUGACGGCCCAACAGGAGGCGCUCUCACACAAAAGAGUGGUACUAAUGGCGGAUGGGGAGGGUCCAGAAGCGGAGGACCGACUCCUGCUGGAGAUUAGUGAGGAUAUCGAGGUUCUGAACGCUAACAUCGACUACAUCAACGACAGUCUGUCCGACUGCCAGGCCACAAUCGUGCAGAUAGAGGAGACCAAGGAUGAGUUGGACUCAGUAGAUACCUCGGUGGUAAUCAGCUCGUGUUCUCUGGCUGAAGCACGCCACCUGCUGGACCAUUUUCUUAAGGCCUCCAUUGACAAGAGUUUACAGGUGGCCCAGAAGGAGGCUCAGAUCAGACUACUGGAGGGUCAGCUGAGACAGACUGAUGUGCUUGGUUCAUCCCAAAAUCACAUGAUCCUCGAUGCUCUGCGGGAAAAGGCCGAAUGCAACCCCGAACUGCAGGCUCUCCUCCACAACGUACAGCAGGAGAAUGGAUACGCCAGCACAGAUGAGGAGCCUUCCGAGUUCAGUCAAGCGUCAGACAACAGCGUCUCUCUAAUGAAAGAAUCCAACAGCCAAGAUGACUUCAAAAUAAAGGUGGAACCUCGUCUGUCAUCUCAGAUGAAGGCGGUGUCGGCCGAGUAUCUGGGUCCCGCCCUGGAGCAUUCUUCAGGCUGCAAGCAGCAGCAAAUCACCAAGUCUCUGGCCUCGCUCACCGACAUCCAGGAGGACGGUCUGAGCACGGUCAAGGCGAGCCUGGGCCUUGGUCUCAGCCUCUCUCUGCGUGACCACUACCAGAGGGAGCGGGCGUCACGCACCAUUAGCUUGCCUGUAAGAGGGCACACCUUUCCCAGACAGUCGCGAGGCUAUGACACCUCCCCCAUCACCAGAAGGAAAUCUUACGAUCGUUCAUACAGGCCUACUGAUGGCUACACACCCCCUUCCUCCCCUCCCCUGAGGACCAGGAAUGACCGCAACGUGUUCUCGAGGCUCACCAGCAACCAAAGUCAAGGUUCUGCUCUGGACAAGUCAGAUGACAGCGACUCCUCGCUCUCCGAGGUGCUCAGGGGCGUUAUCAAUCCUAUCGGCGGUGUGAAAGGGGGUCGGACAGCCCCCCUGCAAUGUAUGUCUGUAGCCGAGGGCCACUCCAAGCCAGUCCUGUGCGUGGACGCCACAGAUGAGCUGCUGUUCACCGGAUCCAAAGAUCGUACUUGUAAGAUGUGGAACCUAGUGACAGGUCAGGAGAUCGCCACGCUCAAAGGCCAUCCCAACAACGUGGUGUCGGUCAAAUACUGCCCGUCCUCGGGUCUGGUCUUCUCAGUCUCGACGUCUUUUAUCAAGGUGUGGGACAUACGAGAUUCGACUAAAUGCGUCCGCACCCUCACUUCAUCCGGACAAGUAGUGUCAGGCGACGCGUGCGCCGGCGCCACCACCCGCACAAUAACAUUUGCACACGGCGAAUGUCAGAUCAACCAGAUUGCACUCAACCCAUCGGGAUGUGUUUUGUAUGCCGCGACUGGAAACACCGUUCGCAUCUGGGAUCUCAACAGGAUGCAAGCUAUGGGCAAGCUGACGGGCCACAUUGGCUCUGUAAUGUGUUUGACGGUGGGACAGUCUCUGCUGGGCAAAGACCAAGUCAUCACUGGCUCGAAAGAUCAUUAUGUGAAGGUAUUUGAUGUGGCAGAGGGGACGGCGGGUAACGUUGGCCCAGCUCAUAACUUUGAGCCACCACAUUACGACGGCAUCGAGUGUUUGGCUGUGCAGGGAGACGUACUGUUCAGUGGAUCGAGAGACAACGGGAUCAAAAAAUGGGAUUUGGAGCAGCAGGAGCUCAGCCAGCAAAUCCCCAUCGCCCACAAAGAUUGGGUGUGCGCUCUGGCUUACGUCCCGGGGAGGCCGUUGCUGCUCAGUGGCUGUCGGGGCGGCAUGCUGAAGGUGUGGAACGUCGACAACUUUACUCCCAUCGGAGAAGUCAAAGGACACGACAGCCCUAUUAAUGCCAUCUGUACCAACUCCAGGCAGAUUUUCACAGCGUCCAGUGAUUGCAGGGUGAAAUUAUGGAACUAUGUGCCUGGUUUGACCCCGUGUCUUCCUCGCCGGGUCCUCGCCAUCAAGGGCCGAGCUACCAGCCUCCCAUGAUAAACACCUUCCCUCCUCCCUCUGUGACAAGACGGUGAAGAUCUGGCUGUCAAAGGUGUGGAGGAAGAGGUGACAACGCAAGUGACGGACGGCGCUUGACCAUUUUUUUUUCGUGUGGCUCUCACGCCCACCACCAAGGCAACCCACUUUUAUUGGUCACUGUGAAAACUUUUUUAUUUUUAUUUUUUCAUUUGAAACUUGAAAGUGCCAUUUGUCAUGAUGCCACUCAGACAAUGCAAAUGCAUCUUGCAGACGCAUUUGGCAGGACCUUUUUUCUCAUCGUAACAAAAUGGCGAGUGCCGCGCUGUUUCCCCUCCUGUUUUGAGCGGAAGCGGCGGUCCGGGGGGGGGGGGAUUCAAAUACAUAUGAAACAUUUCUGGAAAUACCUUCAGUUCCUCCAAAAAGGAUUUUUAUACUUUUAACAAUCAAGUCAUCAUCAUUCGUAGCCCGCUGUUACACAACUAGCCCUCUCAAUUUUUGCCCCAGGUUUUUCCUCUUAAUUAUUAUAAUCACCCGAGUUUCUGUGGUGAUCAACAAGUCGAGUAAUUUUUAUUUUCCCUACCUCAUUUGUUUUAGACUGUGCUUUCCACGUGGGUGAGAACACCUUUUAUGGGUCUCUUUGCACAAAAAAAAAAAAUCUGGUGCUGGAAAUGUCUGGCUCUUUAUGUCUGUAAAUGUGUCCUCUGGUGGCUUUGCCUGUCUCGCUGCUGACCUUGCAAACAGGAAAGCACACGUCCACUAGCACAAGCGAAGUGAUACUGCCCCUGGAGGAGCUCACUAGACUUCAUUAUCUUGUGCGAGAAGUCCUGACGACCGCAGAAAAAUGAAAAUAAAACGCCCGCAGCAGACUACGGUGCUUUCAUUAAAGGGCGAGAUUGGUCCCACCCUAUACAGUACUGACUUGAGGGCCCUGACAUGAACCCCCCCCCCCCCCCUCCACACCCCACCCUUCCUCCCCAUACGUAAAGUGUACAAAAAUCCCUCUCAGUCCGUUCACAUCGUCGAGAAUAUCCAGUAAUUGUCUUAGAUCCGAUCAUGCUAAUCAAGCUAACGCACACGGAUCAUAAAGUUAGCAUGCUAAAUGCGCACUUCUGGACUGCGAUGAUCCGGGUGUGCUCCUCGGCGGACUCGCAAGUAAACUACAGUGGGACCUCUUUGGUUGAGCUUGACGCGUUACUGAUUUCUAUUAGUCAAGCGUACAACCAAACAUUCAUCGUCACUUUAAAGCACUUUAACUUGAAUAACGAAGGCGCCUCAUUCUUCAUUCUCCCUUGCUGUGUCGUGUUGGAGUCUUACUUCAGCGGAUGCGAGUUUACUUAACGUCAUGUAGUUCUUAUUUUAAUUCAUUUCUAGCAAUCAUGAACCUCGAUGUGAAGCUCGAUUUACACUGAGUGGUAUGCGUGCAACUUUAACGGCCGGCCUGUUUUUCCCAAAACACUGACAGACUUACUCAGUCCCCCGCCUUUACGAUAUAGGAAUAAGUGUUUAAAAAAAAGCCAAAGAAAAAGUAAAAUGUGAGCCACUAGUCUUUUCAUUCUUGUGCGAUGUGUUUACCUGGUGUGAUUUCAUGUUGUUGAGCCUAUCUUUGCAAUACGAGUGUCACUCAAACAAAAAGCCAAAGAAAAAGCAAAAUCCGGAUCCAGAAUUAUUCCCUAGACGCCUUCUGAGCCGACAUCGUUUAUGAUUUUUCUGACGUCUGAUGUCGAUGACAUCACAUAAGAAGCUGCAUGAAACUAUUGUGUGACUUUAGAGGCGUAUCCCCCCUUCUCCCCCAAAAUAGCUUUCGUGUAUUCCGAAUUAGGGCAUUCAAUUGCUGAGGUGCCACUGUACUUGAUGCCGUUAGUCCAGGGAUAGAAUGACCACUUUGGCAAACAAGUAUUUCACUUUCCAUAUGUCCAAAGUGGAGGACGUCACACUGUCCAAAUCGCUGUUCGUCGAAUAGCUUCUUUACAUGUAUGUUAACUUGAACAACCGGGAGGCUAAAGGGGGGGUUUUCUACAACAGCAAAGCUUGAAAAUCAGUUCCUCCAAGUCAUUGAGCUUCCUCUCCCGCACUCGUGAAUCCUGCUGGUCCUCACACUGAAGCCCAUCCCCCACCCGCACCUCCCUCGUUUUCCCGGCUAGCUCAAGUCUGUGUGAAGCCAAUUUAAUUAGUGCUCUCACAUUUCUCCCGCCUGCUCUGCGGAAGAGACUUUCUGGUGGAAAGCAGGUCACAACUGAGAGGGAUUUUGAAGUCCUCCUUCCAUCCUUCUGCCGCUCCAUUAAACGGCAGGAAGACAUUUCUUAUCCAAGCAAAUGGGCACAGACUUCAGACAUCAAUUCCACUGGAUUUUCUCUUUUUUUGUUGUUGUUGAUUCUUGCGUGUAUGUUCAAAUGUGUUUUUUUUCUCCCCCACCCUACCUUGUCAUCCGAAUCCCCCAAAUUUGGACACGAUGCUUUUGCUUCAGGCAAGCAAAAUAAGCCAAAUUCACCCCCUCAAUCUCAUGUGACCUGUACAUGAGAGAAGUCCUUUCAAAUGAUGCAAGGAUGUGGAAUAGGCGGUGCCUGUGUUGCACUAAAUUUGCUACCACACACUCCCAAAAGCAAUGACGCUGUAAUUCUUGUUUCUACGAAUGCAAAUAUGUGGCGCGACGUGACCGACCAGGGGUGUUCUUGGUUUCUUUAUUUUUGCUAUGAUGAGCAAACUCAGGUACAAGAUGAAGGAUCAUUUUAGUUUGUAUUGAACUCAUCCCUUGACGUGAUUUUUAUUUUCUUUUUUUUGGGUCACAUUUUUCAAAUGCCUUUUUUUUUUUGAAAAAGAAAUGCAUGUCUUACCCUAUUCGUACUACUUCUAUAUUUUUUAUUUUAUUUUUUUAUCGAUACAAUGUUCUGUAUAUAGUCUUACUCUACUCUGGUGUAAAAAAUGUUAAGGAGGUUUUUGAAAAUGUGGCCAAAGUGUGUCAAUGUUAGGGGUGGGGGUGGGGUGGGGUGUUACCGGUACAGGAUUCUUGCUUGCGGCGUUGGUGCGGGUGGUACGCUCUUUAGAAUUUAUUUCAACGCGAGGUUACACCAAUGGACCCUUUUACUGUAUUUGAGUCUGUGCCAAUUAGCCAAACAAACCCAGUUGCCACCUUUCAUGUUUCUAGGUCAUACCUGGUGAGGAUAGCAUCUCACUGUGAGUAACCCAACCCCCGCCCCCCCACCUCAACAUGCAAUGUUUAUGUUCAUGUUACUGAGUGAAUGAUUGCACGUCUGAGGAGAUGACAGUGUCUCCCAUUUGGAAUUAUCAGCCUCAGUGCUGAACACCUGCAUCCAUUUUUGCAUCCAAUUUUCCAAAGGAUCACCCUGCUUGUUGAAAUUUCACAGCUUUGACAAUGAAUUAGUUUUCCUUCCCAUCAAGAUAAUCUUUUAAUCUGGCCGACAUUACCGUCAAAGUUUGUCCCCAGCUACAGGGAAAUAUCAAUCCGACGAGAGCGCUUUGUAUACAGUCCUGUCAUGUCAUAACAAGCUAACUUCAUUAUCGUGAGACUGUUCAUAUUGGGGCCUCGGUGGUCAUACGUAGAGAAUGAAGUCGUUUACGGCCAAAAGUCAUUUUGAUUACAUUUUUGCAAUUUUAAUCGAGUAAAACAACAGAUGUGUCUGAAAAAUGAAGACUACUGAGGAUCUUGUCAACCUGGCAAAACCAUUGUGACAAACUCAAAUAGUCUCGUUAAAUUACCCCCCAAAAUGUAUUCACCAUUUCUAAAAUAGUUUUAUUUAUAUUUUUCUGCUCUUGGAAAACACCAACUGGAAGUUUCUCUCUGAAAAAAAAAAAAGUUUUUUUUGGUCCCCCAAAAUAGCGGGGUCCACUGGAUGCCUGUCAUCAUAGUCCCAACUUUAUUCACAUAAGAUUUCAACUUUUCUCCCAUAAGAGUGGCUUACUUUAUUCCUGCCCAACCAUUUUGUGUACAACGUAGCUUUGUUGUCAUAAUUAUUCAUUCAUCUUCCGAGCCGCUUGAUCCUCACUAGGGUCGCGGGGGUUGCUGGAGCCUAUCCCAGCCGUCUUCGGGCAGUAGGCGGGGGACACCCUGAAUCGGUUGCCAGCCAAUCGCAGGGAACACAGAAACGAACAACCAUUCGCACUCACACUCACACCUAGGGACAAUUCAGAGUGUUCAAUCAGCCUGCUACGCAUGUUUUUGGAAUGUGGGAGGAAACCGGAGCACCCGGAGAAAACCCACGCAGACCCGGGGAGAACAUGCAAACUCCACACAGGGAGGCCGGAGCUGCAAUCGAACCCGGUACCUCCGCACUGUGAAGCCGAGGUGCUAACCACUGGACUACCGGGUCACCGUCAUAAUUAUUACUAUUUUUAUUUUCAUGAGCGGGCCCCGAUAUACUUUCAUGCACUGAAAGUUAGGACUUGCCUGCUUUUUCGAUAAGUAGGCACUCCUGUGAAUAGUCCACAUAGGUACUGUAUGAAACGUAGUCUUAGACUGAACAUUGCCUGUGCGUUCUAAACACGGCAUUGAAAUCCUUCUGCAAAGAACAGCCUUUUAGACCUGCAGUAGGUUGAGCAGACGAUUCUAUUGCCAUUUGUCAAAUGCACAGGCGCAGAAAGACACCUUCUGUCAGCCUUUCAACAGUCCUGUAUUGUAAAUGUUGAGAGUGCAGCAUGCAGACCUUUAAUAGUGCAAGUCCAGUCUUUCACUGGCACCUUUAUUAAUUUCAUUUAAUUAAAAUAUUAAAAAAAACAUGUUGGCAGGCUAACAGUAAAAAAAAAAGUCUUGUUUAGAUACAAUUCAGCCUCCAACCCGCUCGAGGCGCUAUGCCGCCAAACGAUUAAAAAAAAAAUGACCAAAGCUCAGUACAGUAUAAUUUAAACGGCUAAUAUCAAGCUCUGUUAAAAAAAAGUGCAGAAGUGCAAGGAAAAUUUCAAGUUGCCAUCAAAUUUGAAAUCGAUGACACAGUGGCUGUCACGGGUCUUUCUGCAAGAUCGUCAGCCAAAAGCGGCCAGUCACACGUGAUUCGCUAGCCUGCGAUUAGUACUUCCCGCCCGUCAAGAAUUAGAAGCUCGGUUCGGUCGCGCGACUUCAGCCUUGUGCCUCAGCCAACAGGCCUUACACAAUCGCAAUGUCUGUGUAGCACAAACAUCAGUCCGACAAAUCGGGAUUCUGUUUUAAGUCCGCGGAUGUCUCGGCUCACUCGAUCACGAACGGCUGAGAAGAAAUCUUUUCAUCAUCUGGGCCUCCUCCGGCUGGAUGACGGUCCGGGAUCGCGCUCGCUCACAAUCAAGAGGGCUUGCUUUACUUCUUUGCUGCUAGCCGCCAGCUCUCAAGUCACACGUCUCUUAUCAUAAUCCACGUUGCAAUGUCUGUGAAAUCAAUACUUGAUGCCACAUGAAUGCAGGGUCAAAGGUCAUUUGUGCCUUCUAUUGCACAGACUACUCAUUCUUACGUGAGUGUAAAUGUACACUUAUUGGAUUUGUUUUUUGUUUUUUUGUAACGUAUGAAAAUAUGCAUGUGAGCAAGCCAUGUACAAACAAGUCUCAGUGUAUAUAGUGUAAGUAAAUAUUUAAUGACAAAUACAACGUUCCCCCCCCCGAACAGAAUAAAUAAGUUGACAAAAACAUGA